AUGAGCUGUCCCGGGCGCGAGCGUUGGGCGGCCGAGAGGGCUCACAUCUGGGUGUCACUCAGGUCUGAUGCCUGUCCCCGUCCGGCUGCCCCUACCCCUGGGGUGCUGCAGAUGUUCAGGGUGUUGGGGACACUGCAGGGGCCGAAUCUAACCCAAGUACUCACCAGAAGAGGCUACGUGACUGAUGAAGCAAAGAUCAGGAAGCAUGAGGAGCUGAAGAACUUCGCAUUGGAGCUGUAUGACAUUGCGAAGAAGAUUGCCGAAAAAUGUGAAGAACGAAAAAUGACACGUAUCCUUGUCCUGAAGGAGGGCACUCAAGAGGAUCAACCAUAUAAGCAGAGAAAGAAGUCGGUGACGCUGAAAACUCAGGAGGCACAUUCUACAGACCCAGGACGCCUCAGGUCUGGUACCGUGUACAAGGACCUCCAUGAUGAUACGGAGGAGGAGUGUGAUGUUGAAGCUACUCAGAGAAGAAGAAUUAAAGGAAAAAUGCUCAUGAGGGAGACCCAGACGCCUCUUCCACGGAUAAAUGAUGAACUUCUGUACCCGGCUUCCGAGCCUGAAGACAUGGAAACAUAUCACAAGGAGAAGCACAGCUACAAGCAACUGAGCAGGUGGCAUAAUGGCCCACCACGGAACCAAUUUUUUGGGCAGCAACAAAACCAAUCGCGAUUUCCCGGAUCCUACAACGGACAGCAGCAGAUGUGGACGCCCAAUGACAUGCCACAGCCACAGCCACCACCCCAGCCUGAACAAAAUAUGAGUAUGCGUGGAGACUCGUACACGCAGUACCAGGAUGGGCCUGGAGGCUCUUAUUGA